UGGUCCCGCGGCGGCGGCGCGGCGCGUGAGCGGCCCCGGGCGCGGAGCAUGGCUUCCCGCGAGCGCCUCUACGAGCUCUGGAUGCUCUACUUCGCCAAGAAGGACCUGGGCUACCUGCGGCAGUGGCUGGAGGCCUUCGUGAUGCACUUCGAGAAGGCCAUCGCCGUGCACUCGCUGGAGCCGCGCAGGCCCGAGGAGCCGCCCUCGGAGACCCCGCUGCUGCCGCGCGAGGUGCUGCAGGUGCUGAGCCAGCAGCUGGGCCAGUGCGCGGCGCAGGUGGCCCGCGGCGACGCCAACGCCGCCCCGCUCGCCCAGGCCCUGCUGCUCCUCAAGUUCUUCAUCAUCAUCUCCAGGAACCUGGAAAACGUGCGGAGCGACAAGACGCCCAGCUUCAUGCCGGAGGUGCUGGGCCUGCUGCGCGCUUGCGUGCACCAGCUGCAAAGCGCCCCGGAGCCCGGCGCCCUGCCGGCGCUGGAGAGCGCGGUCACCUACGCGCUGCACCUCUGCGAGUGCCUCCUGGACCCCUACCAGACGUGGAGGCGGCAGCUGAGCGGGGAAGUGGUCAGCGCCACGGAGAAGAGCAAGUACAAGUUCAGCCCUGCCGUGCUGCCCCCCGAGUUCGGCACCUUGUUCCAAGAGAGUUUCCAAGCCAGCGUGCAGCUCCCGGAUGCCCUCCAGCUCCGGCUCAUCCAUCUUUUCGGAGCCAUCCUCUCCGGAGACAAGCGCAACGCGCUGGCGGCCGUGACGCCGCCGGCGGUGGAGGUGCUGCUGCAGGUGCUGCGGCGCUGGGACGCCAUCCCCGCCAUGCUGCGCUGCGACGACCGCCCCGUGCUGCAAGCCGUCUUCCUCAGCAACAACUGCUUCGAGCACAUCAUCCGCCUCAUCCAGAACAGCAAGCUCUAUCUCGGCAGCAAGCAGGAGGCAGAUGGAAACCAGGACGAGCUCUCAGCACUGGGGCAGCCCACAGAGGUGGUGGAUAGCGAUGCCGUGGCGGUGCACGCCAUCGCCGUGCUCACCUCCAUCAUGAGCGACUCGCCGUCGGCCAAGGAGGUCUUCAAGGAGCGCAUCGGCUACUCGCACCUCUACGAGGUGCUCAAGAGCCAGGGCCAGCCCAGCCAGCGGCUGCUGCGCGCGCUCCUCGACAUGGCGGUGGAAGGCGACCACGAGUCCUUCCCGGCGCGCGCCAUCCGCAACGAGCAGCCGCUGCUGGUGCUGGUGACGUGGCUGCCGGAGCUGGCGUCGCCGGAGCUGCAGGCGCUGGUGGCCGGGCGCCUGCGCCGCCUCUGCGCCGCCUCGCUGCCCAGCCGCCUGGCCUGCGUCGAGGCGGGCAUGGGGCCGCCGCGCGCCCUGCGCUCCUUCGACCUCACGCCCAGCAUGGCCGGCGUCAUGGUGCCCGCCAUCCAGAGGUGGCCCGGCAGCUCCUUCGCCUUCCACGCCUGGCUCUGCCUCAGCGAGGAGACCGAGCGGCGCCCGCCGGCGACGAGGAGGAGGCAGCUCUACAGCUUCUUCACGGCCGGUGGCACGGGCUUCGAGGCGUUCUUCACCGCCGCCGGCGUCCUCGUGGUGGCCGUGUGCACCAAGCGCGACUACAUGACGGUGGCGCUGCCCGAGGUCACCUUCAACGACUCGGCGUGGCACUGCGUGGACGUGGUGCACGUCGCCGGGCGCCGGCCGUUCGGCCACAACGUGCUCCACAUCUACGCGGACGGGCACCUGCGCAAGACGGCACAGCUGCGCUUCCCCUCGCUGCACGAGUCCUUCACCUCGUGCUGCAUCGGCUCCGCGGGGCAGCGCACGGCGACAACGCCGGGCGCCGCCGCGCCGCCGUGCCGCGCGCCCGAGCCGCCCUCGGCGCCGCACCCCGCGCUCUGCCGCUCGCAGUCCUUCCCCGCCUCGCCGGGCGCCCGCGCCUGGACGCCGCUGCAGCCGCCCACCGAGGGCGUCGUGGCCACGGCGGCCGCCGGCAGCCAGGACGCCGAGUGGGGCACCCCCACGUCCCUCGAGGGCCACCUGGGCUCCGUGGCCAUCUUCUACGAAGCCCUGCAGCAGGCGCAGGUCAAGGCGCUCUUCGCCGCGGGGCCCAAUGUGGCCUCGCCGCUCAAGCUGGAGGGCGAUCUGGGGGAGCUGGGCAGCAAGCUGCUGCUCUACUACACGCCGCAGGCCUGCAGGAACAACAUCUGCCUGGACCUCUCUCCCAACCACGGCUUCGACGGGCGGCUCACGGGGCACCGCGUGGUCAACUGGGAUGUCAAGGACGUGGUGAACUGCGUGGGCGGCAUGGGGGUGCUGCUGCCGCUGCUCGAGCAAGUGGCGGCCGAGCCAGAGGAGGCCGGAGACGAGCCGGAGGCCAACGAGCUGGUGGGUCCCGAGCUGACGUCCUGCAGGAGCGCCCAGGGCAUGCUCAUCCCGCUGGGCAAGUCCUCAGAGAGCCGCCUGGAGAGGAACAGCGUGGCCGCCUUCCUGCUGCUGGUGAAGAACUUCAUCCAGAACCACCCGGUGAACCAGGAGAGCCUGGUGCAGUGCCACGGGCCAGCCAUCAUCGGGGCCCUGCUGCAGAAGGUCCCCAGCGCGCGGCUGGACAUGAGCCUGCUGGUGGCUUCGCAGAUGCUCAUGGAGCAGGUGGCCUCCGAGGGCAGCGGCCUCCUGCUGCACCUCCUCUACCAGCACCUCCUCUUCGACUUCCGCAUCUGGAGCAACAGCGACUUCGCCGUGCGCUUAAGUCACAUCCAGUACCUGGCCAACAUCGUCAAGGACCACAAGCAGCGCAUCCGCAAGAAAUACGGCGUGCAGUUCAUCCUGGACUCCAUCCGGACCUACUACAGCACCCCCAAGGAGAAGCCCACGGCCUCCGACAACGUCAAGACGGUGCAGACGUCGCUCUUCAGCCUGGUGAAGGACUUCUUCUGCAGGAGCUUCUCCACGGAGGAGAUGCAGAGCUUGCUGAGCUACGUGGCCGCGGCGCAGGACGAGCAGCAGGUGUGCGGGGCCCUGGAGGUGAUCCACAGCCUGCUGAAGGGCUCGCCAGCCCAGGAGCAGCUCUUCGCCUUCCUCUUCGAGCCGGGCAGCGUGGAGGUCCUGUUUGCGCUGCUGGUGCAGAAGAAGUUCUCGGAUGAAGUGCGAGAAAGGGCCUUCAAGAUCCUCUACAAGAUGCUCAAGUAUGAGAAGGUCCCCGAGCGCAGCAAGAACCGCCUGAAGCUGAAGGACAUCGGCUACCAGGGGCUCAUCGCCUACCUCAGUGACGUCCCCGGCUCCGUGCUGCUCUUCCGCUGCCUCUCGGAGCAGGUCCUUGGCGCAGAUCCCCCCAGCUACAAGGACCUGGUGGCCGUCGUCUACCUGUCCCACCGCGCCGAGCUGACCGUGCGGCUCGAUCUCUGCCGCAAGCUCUUCCACUUGAUCUACUCGCAGCACGACAUGGUGAAGCAGCUGGCGAAGCUGGCGGGCUGGCAGGACACGCUCACCAAGCUCUACGUCAAGGAGUCCUACGAGUCGCGCCAGCACAGCCUCAGCAUCUCGGGCAGCGGCGGCUGCCUCGAGCUCCUCCAGCAGCCGGACUCGCCCAGCAAGGAGGCCGGCAAGGAGGCGCCGGGAGACACCAGCCCACCGCCCGCCGACCUGCAGGAGCUGGAUGUCUUCCUGCCACUGGGCUACGAGGCCUCGGACCACGAGCUCUCGGAGGGCUUCUCCGACCACUCUCUCUCCCCAACCGGUCGCCUCAAGUCCUUCCAUUCCUACAACUUCAAGUCCUUUGACUCCUCAGACCGGACCAGCCGCUCUUCCUCCAACCCCGGGGACCACGGGGAAGGUCCCACCGGGGACAGCCUCCCGUUUGACAGCGUCUACCAGCCGCUCUCGCCCUUCUCCACCUCUCCGUUCGACCUGGGGCUGGACCUCGCCAGCACCAGCUCCAUCGCCACGGCGGAGAGUGGGAACCAGACGCCAGCCAGCGGUCCCGGCACCCCAUCCCCUCUGGAGACCUUCAAGCCCUUCCCGGGGCUGCGAGCUCGCAAGAGCUCCAGCCUCUCCAAUGUCCUUGACGAAAGCAGCUACCAGGACACGCUGCCCUGUGACAACAUCUCCAACACCAGCAACCCCCAGCAAAUGCCCGAGGAGGAGCUGUGCAACCUGCUGACCAACAUCAUCUUCUCGGUGACGUGGCGCGGGGUAGAGGGCUGGGACGACGCGGCCUGGAAGGAGCGCGGGCAGGUCUUCUCGGUGCUCACCAAGCUGGGCACGGCCUGUGAGCUGGUGCGGCCCCCUGACGAGAUCAAGCGCAGCCUCCUGGAAAUGAUGUUGGAGUCGGCGUUCACGGACCUGAAGGAGUCGUUGCCGGCCGCGCUGCCCAGCCUCACCCAGAACGCCCUCAAGCUGCUGCGGCUGCUCCAGGACUUCUUGUUCUCCGAGGGACACAACAACCAGGCCCUGUGGAGCGAGAAGAUCUACGAGGGGGUGAGCAGCCUGCUGGACAAGCUGGGCGUGUGGUACCACUUGGCCAACGGCACCUCCGACCUCAAGGAGAUGGCCCAGACAGGCCUGCGCAUCCUCGUGGGCUACAUCAUGCUGCAGGACCCUCAGCUGCACUCGUUGGCCUACGUGAAGCUGCACAGCCUGCUGCAGACGGCGUCGGCGCCCCGCAAGGACGUGGCCUGCUACCUCCUGGGCAAGCUGGAGACCCCGCUGCGGCGCUCGCUGGACGCCAAGUCGGAGGUCUUCUCCUGGCUGGUGCCCAUCAUCCGCACGCUCAUGGACCAGAGCUACGAGAGCCUGCAGCUGCAGCACUUCUUGCCCUCGCUGCCCCCCACCAACGGCAGCCCCACUUUCUAUGAGGACUUCCAGCUCUUCUGCACAACGGCCGAGUGGAGGGGCUUCAUCGAGAAGCACGUGCAGCCCACCAUGGCCCAGUUUGAGAUGGACACGUUCGCCAAGAGCCACGACCACAUGUCCAACUUCUGGAACGCCUGCUACGACGCCAUGAUGAGCAGCGCGCAGCGGCGGGAGCGCGAGAAGACCACGAGCCGGCAGAUGUUCCAGGAGCUGGUCCUGGAGCCGUCGGCCAAGCGCGCCAAGGCCGAGAACGCCCGCCACGCCAACGUCCUCAAGCAGGCCGCCAACCACCACAGCACCGUGCUCAAGCAGUGGCGCAGCCUGCGGCGCCUGCUGGCCUCGCCGCGCUCGGCGUGGGCCGACCGGAACCCGCCGGAGACCCGCUGGAAGCUCUCCAGCGCCGAGACCUACUCCCGCAUGCGGCUGAAGCUGGUGCCCAACCUCAAUUUCGACCAGCACCUGGAGGCCAGCGCCCUACGGGACAACCUGGGAGCUGAUCAUCUCCACAACCCCGCCGAGUCCCUCCCGCUCGCCGUGGCCAAGGAGGCCAAGGUGAGCGAGCUGAAGGAUGACCAGCUGGCCGAAGAGGAUCUCCCCGUCCUGGAAAGCCAGAGCGAGCCCAAGGAGCAGAGCCAGCGGGAGAAGCUGGUGAUCUCAGAGGACUGCGAGCUCAUCACGACGGUGGCUGUCAUCACUGGCCGCCUGGAGGUCACCACUCAACACAUCUACUUCUACGACGGCAGCAGCGAGAAGGAGGAGACGGAGGAAGGGAUCGGCUACGACUUCAAGCGGCCCUUGUCGCACCUCCGCGAGGUCCACCUGCGCCGCUACAACCUGCGCCGCUCGGCCCUCGAGUUCUUCUUCAUCGACCAGGCCAACUACUUCGUCAACUUCAAGAAAAAGGUGAGGAACAAGGUGUACUCCAGCAUCCUCGGCCUGCGCCCGCCCAACCACAUCUACUCCAGCAGCCGCUCACCCCAGGAGCUGCUCAAGGCCUCGGGGCUCACCCAGAAAUGGGUUCUACGGGAGAUCUCCAACUUUGAGUACCUCAUGCAGCUCAACACCAUCGCGGGGCGCACCUACAAUGACCUCUCACAGUACCCUGUGUUCCCCUGGAUCCUGCGCGACUACGUCUCGGAAACGCUGGACCUCAGCAACCCGGACGUGUUCCGAGACCUGUCCAAGCCCAUCGGGGUGGCCAACGAGAGGCACGCCAAGGACGUGAAGGAGAAGUACGAGAGCUUCGAGGACCCCACGGGCAUGAUCGACAAGUUCCACUACGGCACCCACUACUCCAACGCCGCGGGCGUCAUGCACUAUCUGAUCCGCACGGAGCCCUUCACCACGCUGCACAUCCAGCUGCAGAGCGGCCGGUUCGACUGCUCCGACCGCCAGUUCCACUCGGUGCCAGCGGCGUGGCAAGCGCGCAUGGAGAACCCCGUGGACGUCAAGGAGCUCAUCCCCGAGUUCUUCUACUUCCCGGAGUUCCUGGAGAACCAGAACGGCUUUGACUUGGGCUGCCUGCAGAUGUCCAACGACAAGGUGAGCGACGUGGUGCUCCCGCGCUGGGCCCGCUCCCGAGAGGACUUCAUCUACCAGCACCGGAAAGCCCUGGAGUCGGAGUACGUCUCGGCCCACCUCCACGAGUGGAUCGACCUCAUCUUCGGCUACAAGCAGCGGGGCCCGGCCGCCGUGGAGGCCCUCAACGUCUUCUACUACUGCACGUAUGAGGGGGCCGUGGACUUGGACGCCAUCGCCGACGAGACGCAGAGGAAGGCUCUGGAGGGCAUCAUCAGCAACUUCGGGCAGACGCCUUGCCAGCUGCUCAAGGAGCCCCAUCCCGCGCGCCUCUCUGCCGAAAACGCGGCCCGCCGCCUGGCCCGCCUCGACACCCACUCGCCCAACGUCUUCGAGAACCUCGACCAGCUCAAGUCCUUCUUUGUGGAGGGCAUCAGCGAUGGAGUGGCCUUGGUGCAAGCCGUGGUCCCCAAGAACCAGGCCCAUUCCUUCAUCACUCAGGGAUCCCCCGACGUCUUGGUCACCGUGAGCGCCAACGGCUUGCUGGGGACCCACAACUGGCUGCCCUACGACAAAAACAUCUCCAACUACUUCAGCUUCACCAAAGACCCCACCGUCUCCAACACCAAGACCCAGCGCUUCCUGCAGGGCCCCUUCGCGCCCGGCGCGGACCUCUCCAGCCGCACGCUGGCCGUGUCGCCCGACGGCAAGCUGCUCUUCAGCGGGGGCCACUGGGACAACAGCCUGCGCGUCACCGCGCUGGCCAAGGGGAAGGUGGUGGGACACAUCACCCGGCACAUAGACAUUGUCACCUGCCUGGCGCUCGACCUGUGCGGCAUCUACCUCAUUUCUGGCUCCCGCGACACCACCUGCAUGGUGUGGCAGGUCCUGCAGCAGGGUGGCUUCUCCAGCGGCCUGGCUCCCAAACCCGUCCAGGUCCUCUACGGCCACGACGACGAGGUGACGUGCGUCGCCAUCAGCACCGAGCUGGACAUGGCCGUGUCAGGCUCCAAGGACGGCACCAUCAUCAUCCACACCGUGCGCCGGGGCCUCUUCAUGAAGUCGCUGCGGCCGCCCAGCGAGACCUCGCUGCCCGUCGCCAUCUCCAGCCUGGCCGUGGGGCUGGAGGGCCAGAUCGUCGCCCAGACCGCCGUGGGCGAGCGCUCCUCCCUCAAGGAUAAGUUUGCCCUGCACCUCUACUCAGUCAACGGGAAGCACCUCUCCUCCGUCCCGCUGGACGAGCAGGUGACAGCCAUGUGCGUCACGGAGGACUUCGUGGUGCUGGGGACCAUGCAGUGCGGCCUGGAGAUCCGCGACCUGCAGAGCCUCCGGGCAGCGGUGCCCCCCGUGCCCAUGCGGGUGCCCGUGCACAGCGUGUCCGUCACCAAGGAGAAGAGCCACAUCCUGGUGGGGCUGGAGGACGGCAAGCUCAUCGUGGUGGGCGCAGGACAGCCCGCGGAGGUGCGCCCGGGGCAGUUCUCGCGGCGCCUGUGGCGCUCCACGCGCCGCAUCUCGCAGGUGUCGGCGGGCGAGACCGAGUACAACGGCGGCGGCGACAGCGGCGCCAGGACGUAG